CACUAAGGAAUAAAGGAAUAUUUAUCUACAUUGCUAAAAGACUACAGGAGUUAGGAGUUUGCAGAGACUGGAAACAGUGCCGUGCAAAGUAUAAAAAUCUGGAAGUAUGAAUUCAGAACAGUUAAAUAUGCCCACAACUCUGGAGAUGCCACUAAAACCAUGAAGUUUUUUCAUGAUCUGGAUGCUAUACUGCAAUAUGAACCAGUCACACAAUUAACAGAGGAUGAAAACGGCAGGUGCUCUGCAACUGAGAGACAGCUGAACAUUAGCACUACCACAGAGAACACUGAAGGUGAAAUAUCAGUUGCAUUAGAAGAGGAUGAGGAUGUCCCAGAGGAUCCAUUACUUUUUAUUUCACAUGUCAGACCAAUUGAACUAGGUAACCCAUACCUGUGUCUCUCCCCCACCCCACCUGAUGUAGGUAACCCAACAUCAACAUUAGAGACGUCCAAAAAUCCACCUUUUAUUCCAACAGUAGCAAAUGAAGGAGGAAAACAUGGACUGUCAAUGAAGUCAGAGCUCUAAUACAUAUAUGGUCAGACAAAAAACAUCCAGCAACAACUUGAAGUGACAGUGAGAAAUAAAAGAAUAUUUGAACAGGUUGCUGCUAGGCUUCAAAAAUCCGGAAUUGAAAGGGACUGGAAGCAGUGCAGAACAAAGUAUAAAAACUUAAAACAUGAAUACAAAAGCAUAAAAAAUGCUCAAGAUUCAGGGAAUACAAGUAAAAGUAUGAA